AUUGCCCGCGUCGCACGCUUAGCACAAGCCGACAACAAAGUUUGAAUGCCUUCUCCGAAGCCCACGUCGGCUGCUCGACCAGCACCGCUAGCUUGCCUAGAGUGUCGCCGCACACAUCUUAGGUGCGAUGGAGCAACUCCUACCUGCGGGCGCUGUCAUAGCCGCGGAUAUGCGUGCACAUACACGCGCUCAGGACGUGGUCGCCGCCGCCGCCGCAUCAUUGGCCAAGACGCCGGAACAUUAUCUACUGUUUCGCACCAGCAGGCGUUACCUUCCCCGCCAUAUACCACUACCCAGUCCAUCGCCACGCAGGCGCAGCCAUCGUCGACACUAUCGCAAUGGUUCCAAGAUAGUGGCUCGAAUCUAGAGAGAGAGUCCAGUGCCCCUGAGUCCGUCCCCAGUCUGCAUGCUGCACCCCAGCCAGACCCUUCGGAUGCCAUUAUACUCCCAUCCGGUCCCACGCCUAGUCCGCAAAGUGAUGAGCUCGCGCCAUGGGCCGAUGACGAGCAGCUGGUCAACUUGUACUAUCUCAACUUCCACUCCAGCCAUCCCUUGCUGCUGCCUAAGAGCUGGUAUUGGAAGAACCAGUAUCCCCAGUACCUCAAGGCCGUCGUUCAGCUCAUUGGUGGCCACUUUUGCCCGACAGCAUCUCGAGAUGCGUUGCUCCAACGUGUUCAGAAGGAGCUCCAAGAUGAUGGCCAGGAGACCCCUGAGAGGGUGCAAGCCCAGAUCCUCUACGCCGUGUACCUCUUUGCGCAGCACGACUUGCGCAAAGGACAACAAGUGCUCAACUCUGCCAUUGAAGCUGCACUGAACCUCGGCAUGCACCGGCAAGACUUUGCAGCAAUGCAUGCAGGCAGUUUGACAGUGCUGGAAGAGAGUAUGCGAAGAACCUGGUAUGAGCUAUACAUAACCGACGGCUGUGUUGCCGCACUACAGCGGAGAUCAACCUUCAAGACCAACACUGUGGGCGCCGACGUGCUUUUGCCAUGCGACGAUUUCAUCUACGAAGACGGCAUGUGCUUCAUGCCUGCAACGCUGCAUGACUUCCACGAUAACGUCUUCGCAGACGAAGAAAAGGUCUUCUCGUCAUUCUGUUACCGCAUCGAAGCAGUACGCCUUUUAGGCCGAGUCCUGACCAUCACCGGAGCACAAGGCGUGCAUAGGGAUCUCGUACAAGCAGCCGACAACGCACUUGCAGCUUUCACACACCAUCUCCCCCGGUCCAAGAGUGAAGCAGAGAUCGUGAGUAGUUAUGGUGAAAUCGAUGAGCUCAUGUUCCAGGCCCACACCAUUAUCCAAUACAGCACCAUUCUCCUCCACUUUCCCAGGGGCGACCUGCUUUCCCCUGGUCCACUCGCAGAGGAUGUGCCUGGCGCCAAUAGUACGAAACUCCUCUGUCCUUGCAAUCGGCAACACGUUCACUCUAUCAAAGCGAUCGAAUCCUCCAAAACCAUGUCUAUGCUAGCUGCCCUACGCCCUCCGGUUCAUAGACACAGUCCCUUCUUUGUCUACCCCCUGGCUCUCGCUGCUGUAGUGCAGCUUUCCAUCGGCGCAAUCCAUGCUAAAAGCUCGAGUGGUUGCUUGGAGCAGCACUCGGAUAGAGUCAAAUUGAUGCUGGGGGUGUUGAAGACGUUGGGAAGAUACUGGUCCGCUAGCGACAGUGUUUUGCGUGUCUUGAAGAAGAUGUCUUGUGCGGUUUUUCGUAGCCCUCGUGCGGAAUCGUCUUAUGCUGCGCGACGAGACGAUCAGAUGGAUACUGGUUUGGACGCGUGCCCCCAUAUAUUGGUGGAUAGCGAUUGGCUGAAUAGUGUUGAUCUUCAGGAUUUGAGUGGGCUUAUGGGGCAUGACAAUGGUACUCCGGGCGGGUAUGGUCACUUUUGAUGGCCACGUCGUAGACCAUGCCACAGAUUCAGGAUGCAAGUCUAGUCACGCGCGCAUAUAAUAUGUUAUCGAAGAAAAGAACACAUACAAUCCCUAAAA